AUGUCCUUUAAAGAACCAGAGGGGCAGAUUGCCUGCUGGUUGGAAGAACUUGCACCAUAUAAUUUCAAAGUGGAGUACAGGGCUGGGAGUCGCCAUGCCAACGAGGAUGCCAUGUCCAGACGUCCAUGUGCUCUGGAUGGCUGCCGCUAUUGUGAAAAACGAGAGGCCAAGGAACAGGAGCUCCGUGUUGAGGAGCAGGCGGGUCCCUUGUGCAGCGGGGAAGGGCCAAUCUGUGAAGUGGCGGAGCUCCAUGAUCCACUGGAGUGGAGAGCUCAGCAGGAACUGGAUCCCGAUCUGCAACCUGUGCUGCAGUGGGUUGAAUCGGGACAGAGACCACAGUGGAGUGAGGAAGCGGUGACGGUGGCAGACACCCUGGUGGAGGGAAUGUUUUCCAGGUUUGGGGCACUUGAAGUUAUCCACAGCGACCAGGGGAGAAACUUUGAGUCUGCAAUUUGUCAGCGUAUGGGACCGCAAAAGACACGUACUACCCCACUACACCCUCAGAGCGAUGGGCUAGUUGAGCGUUUCAACAGAACACUCGCAAAACAACUGGCGAUCAUCACUGCAGAACACCAGCGGGAUUGGGAUAUGCACCUCCCCCUUGUCCUGCUUGCCUACAGGUCUUCGGUUCAGGAGUCCACAGCAUGCACACCUGCUCUUCUCAUGUUGGGGCGAGAGCUGCGGACACCCAGAGAAAUGUGCUUUGGCAGACCCCCACACACCCCUGCUGUCCCACCAGGACCGGAAUACGCUCGGAGGCUACAGGACCGGAUGGAGACAGCUCAUGCGUUUGCUCGUGACCGGCUGCAAAAGGCUGGGAUCUGGCAGAAAAUAAACUACAACAUGAGGGCCAAAGGAAGAGACUUUAACCCUGAGGACCUCGUGUGGGUGUUCAGCCCUAAGAGAAAAAAAGGAAGGUGCCCUAAGCUGGACCUAAGCAGCUCCCACCUAGGGGUAGACGGGUGGCCCUUCACAGAGAUAGGUUAG